AUGGAACGCGAUCAACCUUACGACCCUUACGUUGGCGGUAAUAGCUCUGGCCAAAAUGCUGGAACAAAUCGUGCUGCUGCAAUUCAAUCGCAAAUUGAUGAAACUGUUGGUGUCAUGCGCGAUAACAUCCAGAAAGUGAACGAACGCGGUGAAAACCUCAAUGAUCUACAAGGAAAGACAGAUAAUUUGGCCGUUUCCGCUCAAGGUUUCCGCCGAGGUGCAAACAGAGUUCGUAAGCAGAUGUGGUGGAAGGACAUGAAGAUGCGCAUUUUGAUUAUCGUUGGUGUUGUUAUUUUGCUAUUGAUCAUCAUUGUUCCUAUCGUGGUCAAGACGAAGAAUUAA